GAAAACAUAGUUUUUUAAAUGAAGAGAACCACGUAGCUACAAGUAAGUUAUCCGGAAUUGAGUUUUCUUUAUCCUAAAGGUUAGCAACUUCCUUCACAUUUUAGUAGCUAGGAAGGUUAUUGUUUGGCCAUCCAUUUUCAAGUCCCGUGAUGUCAAAGGGAGUUGGCUUUCCGGUUGGCAAAAUAGCUAUUUAGUUAGCUAGAAAACACUAGCUGGUUUUCUAGCUACUUAUUUCAUAUUUAAUUCGACGUACAGAACAUUAUAUAAAGCAAGCAAGAGCACCGAAGUCGGAAGAUGGCAGACACCGCAAACAGGCUGCGUAAGCAGCUAGAAUCGGCGAAUUUCGACCCACAGUAUUAUGUCAAACAGCUUUCACAACAAUCUGAUGGCGACAGAGAUUUGCAGGAGCACCGUCAAAAAAUUCAGACACUGGCCGAUGAGACUGCGCAAAACUUGAAGAAAAAUGUGUAUAAGAAUUACAGGCAGUUCAUCGAAACUGCAAAAGAAAUCUCAUAUUUGGAGAGCGAAAUGUAUCAGCUGAGCCAUAUCCUAACGGAGCAGAAAAGUAUUAUGGAGAGCAUAACCCAGUCCCUUCUCUCAACUGAUAAGGAUGAAACUGCAAAGGAAAUGCUUGCUGCAUUCCCAAAAGAAACCGAAGAAGUGAAGCAGAGAACACUUACAACUCUGCUGGAAAAAGUAGAGGGGUGUAAAAACAUUAUGGACACCCCUGGCAGGUAUUUGGUGUACAAUGGCGACCUGCUGGAGUAUGAUGUUGAUAAUAUGUCGCAGAUCCAAAAGGUGCACGCUUUCCUGAUGAAUGACUGUCUCCUUAUUGCCACCUGGCUGCCAAACCGCCGUGGUGCUGUGAAGUACAAGUACAAUGCCCUGUAUGACCUGGAGAGCUUUGCUAUUGUCAACGUAAAGGACAACCCUCCAAUGAAAGACAUGUUUAAAAUCCUUAUGUUUCCAGAUAGUCGCAUUUUCCAGGCCGAGAACAGCAAGAUCAAGAAGGAGUGGCUGGAGAUCCUUGAUGAAACCAAGAAAAACAAAGCGGUGAAGGAAAGACACAAGAAAGAGGAAGAGGUGCCAAACUCACCGGUGCGGCCGGAGGUCUCCAACAACCCCUUUGACGUGGAGGACGAGCCCCUGAGCUCAGAGGAAGUUGUGGACCUGAGUUUGGAGUGGAUACAGGAGCUCCCGGAAGAUCUGGACGUGUGCAUAGCUCAGCGGGACUUUGAAGGCGCCGUAGACCUCUUGGACAAGCUCAACGACUACCUGAAGGACCAGCCUGUGAGCCCGCGCGUGAAGGAGCUGCGCGGAAAAGUGGACGAGCGCGUGAGACAGCUGACGGAGGUGCUAGUGUUCGAGCUCUCCCCAGACCGCUCACUCCGCGGGGGGCCCAAAGCUACCCGAAGGGCAGUGUCGCAGCUCAUCCGUCUGGGCCAGUCCACCAAGGCCUGCGAGCUCUUCCUGAAGAACCGGGCCGCCGCUGUGCAGACGGCCAUCCGGCAGCUACGCAUCGAGGGGGCCACCCUGCUCUACAUCCACAAGCUCUGCAACAUCUUCUUCACCAGCCUGCUGGAAACCGCCAAGGAGUUUGAGAUGGACUUCGCCGGCAACACCGGCUGCUACUCGGCGUUCGUGGUCUGGUCGCGUGCGGCCAUGAAGAUGUUCGUCGACGCCUUCAGCACGCAGGUGUUCGACAGCAAGGAGAGCCUCUCCACGGCCGCCGAGUGCGUCAAGGUGGCGAAGGAGCACUGCAAGCAGCUGAGCGAGAUCGGGCUGGACCUCACCUUCACUCUGCAGUCCCUGCUGGUCAAGGACAUCAAGGCGGCCCUUCAGAGCUACAAGGAGAUCAUAAUCGAGGCCACUAAGCACCGCAACUCUGAGGAGAUGUGGCGUAAGAUGAACCUGAUGACCCCCGAGGCGCUGGCCAAGCUGAAGGAGGAGAUGCGGAGCUGCGGCAUGGGCAGCUUUGAGCAGUACACGGGCGACGACUGCUGGGUCAACCUCAGCUACACCGUGGUGGCCUUCACCAAGCAGAUGAUGGUGUUCCUGGAGGAGGGCCUGAAGCUGUACUUUCCGGAGCUGCACAUGGUGCUGCUGGAGAGCCUACGGGAGAUCAUCCUGGUGGCCGUGCAGCACGUCGACUACAGCCUGCGCUGCGAGCAGGAGGCUGAGAAGAAGGCCUUCAUCCUCCAGAACGCCUCCUUCCUGCAUGAGACCGUCCUCCCCGUGGUGGAGAAGAGGUUUGAAGAAGGGGUGGGGAAGCCCGCCAAGCAGCUGCAGGACCUGCGGAAGAGUUCCCGGCCCAUGCGUGUCAACCCCGACAGCACCAUGUCUGUGGUGUGAAAAGAAGUGCCGGCGAGCUGUGGGUGGAACAUUUCAGGGAAUUUCAACUUUUAAGUGUGCAGGAGAAACCAUUUUGCUUGCAAAUUUCCCAUUUGUACAGGUUCCAUAGUUUUUACUGUUCUCAGCUCUUUGUUGUUAAAAUCAGCAUUAAACAAAUAUGUGUCGCGUCAACGUGUUUCUGUUUUUCUUUGCCCUUCCUGGGGUUUUUGAAAUGCAAUUAUCUAGAAAGCACAGAAUGUAGGCUAACUUUUGAACUGUUGAAAGAACCAAGAGUGGAAGUGAACUAGUGUAUGAAAUACGUUCCAAAAGAAUUGCACUGAAUUUAUGCCAAGGUCUCCUUCUCCCUUGGUAUUUGCUCUUAUGGGAGUAAGCUGUAUUUUAAUCAUGUUAGUUGAAUAUUAGAGCAUACUGUUACAGGAGACCCUUUUGGUAAGUUUGCCCUAAGUAAACUCUUCUGCAUAAUAUUGAGAAAAAACACUAAUGAUGCUACCCUUUGAUAUUAUAAUACAUAGUGCUUUCUGAAUUUAUAAAAGACUUGAUGAGGGUGCAAACAUGCGGCCCAAAAUAGUAGAGACUCAAUUGUGCCAAGUGUUUGAUUGUGUACAUACGUACAUUUACAAUGAAGCGUGAUUACAUAUGCGUUGUAUGUUGUACAAGCAUAAUUUGAAACAUUAUUUUUUGAAUCAAGUUUAGACUUCACUCAACCAAAUGUUCAAAUUAUCAAGGAGGAUUUUAAGUGUAAAUAAAUAAAUGAAAUCA